AUGCUGCAGGCAGGUUCUAUGGACGUCAACAUGUCAAACAAGAAAAAAAUGCUAAUUUGUGGCCUCUUCCAAGCCAUUGGGUGGUUCCUAUUUAUCAUCUUCUUGGGUUUGUACAUCUCGGAAUGGCUUUCGGAGCCGUCCGUCCGACUGGCCGAAUGCCAGUCAGAGCUACAGAACCAGAGCUCUCAGACUCAGGCUCGGAUCGCGUCCCUCGGGCAGUGCAUGGAGGCCAUGGAGAAGGAGAAGAAGAAGGACGAAGAGGAAGGCGGCAGGCUGAGAGUCCAACUGGUGAACGCCAACCAGAGCGUGGAGGAGAUGAAAGGGCGAGCCUCGUCCUUUGAUGGAAGCGGAGGAAGACACGUCCCGCCGACGGCUGUGACUUGUAGAAAUAUCUACCGGGCGCCCACUGGGCCGCAGCGGGGCGAGCCGGCCUCGCGCGACCAGUCGGACUUUCUGCUCCUGGCUGCGACGCUGAGCCCCCCCCCCCCCCGUUUUGUCUGUGUGGCAUGGUGUGGCUUUUGCGGAUGGGUUGUGAACGACUGUGUGUCUGGCUGCCUUCCGACGGCCGCGGAUGUUGAGCGUGAUGGUCUCCUGCCUCCAACCAGCCUCUUUUAUCGUCCCCUUUCCUCUGUCCUUUCAUUUAAGGGUAAUAGCGAGUCUGAGAGUGAGAGCCCCAAAAGAAGAAGCCAAAAGCAAAUGAAAAAAAACGUAAGUUUUGAGGCUCAUGACGACGAAGAUGGUCAAGAUCAAGGCACCAGCGCGGAAAGUGAGCAGAAGAAAGUGAAAGCCAGGAGGCCUGUCCUGAGGAGAGCAGUGGCCAAAACCAUUGCGAAGAAGGUGCUCAAUGUCCAGCAUGGGAAGAGGAGGAGGAAAACUGAGUCAUCCGAGGACGAGGAUGACGACGAGGAUGACGAGGCACCCAAAAAACAGACCCGGCACCCAGUGGCUAAAAACGUCAGUUACAAGGAAGAUGACGACUUUGAGACGGACUUGGAUGACCUGAUCGAGAUGACGGGAGAAGGGGCUGAGGAGCAGCAGGAUAACAGCGAGACCAUCGAGAAAGUGCUGGACAGGAGGGUGGGCAAAAAAGGAGCCACCGGUGCGUCCACCACCGUCUACGCCACGGAAGCCAACGGCGACCCUUGUGCCGACUUCGACACCAAGAAGGAGGAAGGGGAGGCCCAGUACCUGAUCAAGUGGAAGGGCUGGUCGUACAUCCACAGCACGUGGGAAAGCGAGAACUCCCUGCAGCAGCAGAAAGUGAAAGGCCUGAAGAAGCUGGAGAACUUCAAGAAGAAAGAGGAAGAGAUCAAGCAAUGGCUGGCCAAGGUCUCCCCCGAAGAUGUGGAGUACUACAACUGCCAGCAGGAACUGGCGUCGGAGUUGAACAAGCAGUACCAGAUUGUGGAGAGGGUGAUUGCAGUGGAGACGACGAUGGCCGUGGAAGGGAGGACACCUGCACACGCCCAUCACCUAGCUCUACAUAAGCGUAGGCACUAA